AUGUCUUCAAGAUCAGCCCUCCUCGCACUAGGAGUGGUAGCCACGAGCUCUUUCGUUUCUGCUGGACCCUGCGACAUUUACGCCUCUGGAAACACACCGUGCAUCGCUGCACACAGCACUACUCGUGCCUUGUACAAUGCAUACAGCGGCUCGCUUUACCAGGUCAAACGUGGCUCUGACGGUGCCACGACAGACAUCAAGCCACGAUCUGCCGGGGGCGUUGCCAACGCUGCCGCUCAAGAUACUUUCUGUGCAAGCACGACAUGUCUCAUCUCCAUCAUUUACGAUCAGUCUGGCAAAGGAAACCAUCUCACUCAAGCUCCCCCUGGAGCUUUCAAGGGCCCAGAUGUUGGCGGCUACGAUAACUUGGCCGGAGCUAUCGGUGCGCCUGUCACUCUCAAUGGGCAAAAGGCAUAUGGAGUUUUCGUCUCUCCUGGAACUGGAUACCGCAACAACAAAGUAGUCGGCUCGGCUAUAGGCGAUCAAUCAGAGGGCAUGUAUGCAGUGUUUGACGGAACACACUUUAACGAUGGCUGCUGUUUCGACUAUGGAAAUGCCGAGACGAGUAACACCGACACCGGAAAUGGCCAUAUGGAAGCGAUUUACUUUGGCAGCAACACCAUUUGGGGCUCAGGGGCUGGCAGCGGGCCAUGGAUCAUGGCUGAUUUGGAGAACGGACUGUUCUCCGGCAGCAACCCCAAAAAUAACCCCGGUGACCCAACCGUCACUUCCCGCUUCCUUACUACCGUCAUCAAGGGAGGUGCUAACAAAUGGGCCAUCCGCGGGGGUAACGCUGCAUCAGGCGCGUUGUCGACUUACUACAACGGUGCUCGGCCAAACGCCAGCGGUUACAACCCCAUGAGCAAAGAAGGUGCCAUCAUCCUGGGAAUUGGCGGCGACAACAGCAUCAGCGGACAAGGCACCUUUUACGAGGGUGUCAUGACGUCUGGCUACCCAACCGACGCCACCGAGAACGCGGUGCAGCAGAACAUCGUGGCUGCCAAAUAUGCCACUACUUCCAUGACUAGCGGUCCGGCUUUCACCAUUGGCUCGUCUGUUUCUUUCCGCGCCACAACGUCUGGUUACACUGACCGCUAUCUUGCACACACAGGGGCUACCGUCAACACUCAAGUCGUGUCUUCUUCCAGCACCGCUUUGCUCAAGCGCCAGGCGAGUUGGACUGUCCGUGCCGGUCUCGCGAACAGCGCUUGCUUCUCCUUCGAAUCAAAAGACACUGCUGGAAGCUACAUUCGCCACUACAACUUUAUACUUCAGCUCCAAGCCAACGACGGGUCCAAGGCGUUCAAGGAAGACGCUACGUUCUGCCCCCAGGCUGGCCUAACCGGACAAUUCAACACAAUUGCCGCGUGGGGUUACCCCACCAGAAUGAUUCGCCAUUUCAACAAUGUUGGAUACAUUGCGAGUAAUGGUGGUGUUCACGAUUUUGACAAGGCGGCUUCGUUUAACGCUGAUGUUACGUGGAAUGUUGGUAGCAGUCUUGCUUAG